AUGGCAGAGGAGGUGAUUGAGAGUUUAGGGAAUAUGAAGCUUACAGCAGAGGAGGAAGAGGUUAUUAUGAUAUCUGAGAAGGCUAGGUUACCUAAGAUUGAGAGUUGCAACCUGAGUUUAAUAGGCAAAUUUUUGACUUGCAAGGCGUUUAAUAAAAGGGCAGCAUUAUCAACGAAGAGAAGAGUAUGGGGAAUGCUGUCCGGCCUGCAGAUUGUUGAGAUUUGGGGAGCUCCUUUUGAUAAGCUUUCUGCUAAAGUAGCGACUGAAGUAAGGAGUAGAUUAGGUAAUGUGGAAGAUGUUGAAAGGCGUCGACGACAAGAUAUGCAGAAUUUUUUCAUGAGGGUCCAGGUUGCUUUGCCUAUUUCAAAACCUCUGAGGCGUGGUGGUUUUAUUUCAGAUUCUGAUGGGGUACGCACAUGGGUAACGUUUAAAUAUGAGAGGUUACCUAUUUUCUGUCAUUAUUGUGGCAUUCUUGGACAUGAUUUACGCCAUUGUGCUAGGCACUAUGCUAUGGAAAAAAAUGGUGGGGAGAUAGAAUACCAAUAUGGAGAUUGGCUGAAGGUUGCAAGUAGCCGACAGCGAUCACCACCAUGUAAGGAAGAGACGGAGGAAGAGGCUGGUGCAUGGAGGUCCGAAAAUCUGGGAGAGAAUUUUUCUCAACAUGCUGAUCAGGCCGAAAAUCAAGGGAUAGAGGGGAGCAGUCAGAUGGUGUGUCACGAGAAACAAGGAAUAGAAGAGGUUGAUGAUUAUAUGGUACCCCUGGAGGUUGUGGAUAAAUGCAAAUCUGGUCCUACUGAUGCUGAUACGAAAGUGGGCAACUUGAAUGAAAAUUAUGAGGAAAAAGGGGUAGUGGACAAGCUGAUGUCAGAUGGUGUGGGCUCAAGUGUGGGUAAUUUGGAACCAAAUUUGGAGAUGCCGCAAGUAGACUAG